AUGAGUCAUAUCAGAGGAUGGGAUGAUACAACUUUCCACAACCGAGCAUCGCUCACAGUUGGGCGAUUGGCACGCCUGAAGCGACGAGAGAUGAAAAAGCAAGCAGAUAUCAACAAACAAGCCGAGCUCUUGCGACAACAAGAAAGAGAGCAACUUCAAAUUGAAUUCAAAAAGUUCCACGAGCUAGCCAUUUUGGAAACUCUGGAACAGAUUCCAAAGCCGGCACCUAAGAAGUCGUUGAUGUCGAAAUUUGUCUCAGCACUCACGCCGUCCUGGAUGUCGACAUCAUCAAAGCCUUCUUCCAAGGAGGACGAGUACGGAGACAUUAUGUCGACAGGUACCAUGGACACGCAAGCGUCCGACCAAUCAUGGUUUGUCACUCUCGACUAA